AUGGCUUCCAACCGCUCAGAUACUGGCUCAUCGGCCCAGCCUAACCUGCGAUUGACCAUCAUUGCCGCCGAUGGUUUAUACAAGCGAGAUGUCUUCCGUCUGCCUGAUCCCUUCGCCGUGGCUACCAUCAACGGCGAACAGACCAAGACCACCCAGGUCUCGAAACGAACCCUCAAUCCGUAUUGGAACGAGAGCUUUGACUUUCGAGCAACCGAGGAUAGCAUCAUAGCGGUACAGGUUUUUGACCAGAAGAAGUUCAAGAAGAAGGACCAGGGCUUUCUGGGUGUUAUCAACAUCCGCAUUGGCGAUGUGACCGAGUUGGCAGAAGGCGCAGAUGACCAGAUGCUCACGCGUGACCUUAAGAAGUCAACCGACAACCUUGUCGUCCAUGGCAAGCUUAUUAUCAACCUAUCUACUAACCUCACCACCCCCGCGCGCCCUCAGCAACCACCAUCCGCAAACUCCAGCCGUCCCUCUUUGGCCCCUCAGGCAUCCGCGCUCAGUACCGACCGUCUUUCGGAACGACCGACUUCAUCUGCUUCGGGUUUGACUGGUCCUGCCCCAGGAGCGCAAACCACCCUGCCGAUGCGACCCAACGGAGCAAAUGCACCCCCAGCUAUUGGGAACCCGUCCCAGGCCCGACCUAACACCCAGAUGAGCCCCUUUGAGGAUGCACAGGGUCGUUUACCCGCCGGCUGGGAACGGCGGGAAGACAACUUGGGUAGGACCUACUAUGUAGACCACAACACUCGUACCACAAGCUGGAACCGCCCGACGCAGUCUGGCUCCACCACGGAGGCUCGUGGGGAGAGAGAGGCGGCCACCCAAGUCGAGCGCCAGCGGCAUCAAAACAGAACUCUGCCAGAGGACCGCACAGGUGCUAAUUCCCCCUCAAAUCCCGCGCAGCAGCCACCACCAGCGGCAAAUGCCCAGUCGAGCGCCACCCCCGGGGGUACCACGAUGCACACCGGUGCUACGAGUCCUGGUACUGGUGAGCUUCCUCCGGGCUGGGAACAACGGUGGACGCCGGAAUCACGUCCGUACUUUGUUGACCACAACACCCGCACCACGACUUGGGUAGACCCUAGGCGACAGCAAUACAUACGGAUGUAUGGUGGUCAGAACAAUGCCAACGGAACGAUCCAGCAGCAGCCUGUGUCACAGUUGGGCCCCUUACCUAGCGGUUGGGAGAUGCGCCUCACCAACACAGCUCGUGUGUACUUCGUGGAUCACAACACCAAGACCACUACUUGGGAUGACCCACGGCUCCCGUCUUCUCUAGACCAGAACGUGCCGCAGUACAAGCGAGAUUUCCGCCGGAAGCUCAUUUACUUCCGGUCUCAGCCUGCUAUGCGCAUUCUCUCUGGGCAGUGCCAUAUCAAGGUGCGAAGAUCUCACAUCUUUGAAGAUUCGUUCGCGGAAAUCUCGAGGCAGUCGGCGACGGAUUUGAAGAAACGCCUGAUGAUCAAAUUCGAUGGCGAAGACGGUCUUGACUACGGAGGUCUUUCCAGAGAGUUCUUCUUCCUCUUGUCACAUGAGAUGUUUAACCCGUUCUACUGCCUCUUCGAAUACUCCGCUCACGACAACUACACCCUCCAAAUCAAUCCGCACUCGGGUAUCAACCCCGAGCAUCUAAACUACUUCAAGUUCAUUGGUCGUGUGGUUGGUCUAGCUAUCUUCCAUCGACGAUUCCUUGAUGCCUUCUUCAUUGGCGCUCUUUACAAGAUGAUGCUCGGCAAAGCCGUCUGCCUAGCUGAUAUGGAGGGUGUGGACGCAGACUUCCACCGAAGUUUGCAGUGGAUGCUCGACAACGAUAUCUCAGGCGGCAUCCUUGAACAAACGUUCUCUACCGAAGAUGAGCGGUUCGGUGUUCUGCACGUGGAGGAUCUUAUUCCUGGCGGACGUGACAUCGACGUUACCAAUGACAACAAGAAGGAAUACGUUGACCUCAUGGUCAAAUGGCGCAUCGAGAAGCGCAUUGCAGAACAAUUCCAGGCCUUCAAGGACGGUUUCCACGAGCUCAUCCCCUCGGACCUCGUCAACGUGUUCGACGAACGCGAGUUGGAGCUGCUCAUUGGAGGUAUCGCCGAAAUUGAUGUGGAUGACUGGAAGAAGCACACGGAUUACCGCGGAUAUACAGAAAGCGACGAAGUCGUUCAGUUCUUCUGGCAAACAGUCCGAGGCUGGGAUGGCGAACAGAAGAGCAGAUUACUACAGUUCACGACGGGAACCUCGAGAAUACCGGUUAAUGGGUUCAAGGAUUUGCAAGGCAGUGAUGGCCCAAGAAGGUUUACGAUCGAGAAGGCUGGAGAGCUUGGUAAUUUGCCCAAGGCCCAUACUUGUUUCAACCGUUUGGAUCUCCCGGCAUACAAGUCCCUGGAGCAGUUGCAACAAAAGCUGACCAUAGCGGUCGAGGAGACAAUGGGCUUUGGCCAAGAGUAG